AUGCAACUGUCGAUUGGACUGGAUUGGUCUUCGCCUUGGUCUGCUCCACACUCCCUCCACCUGAUCGCCAGACAAGCCGUCGCCGCCCGCUUCUUCCAACGCGAUGUGCAGAGCUUGUCUUUGAGAGUCCCGGCUAAUAGUCCGUACCGGUCUGGAGCAGCCUUGGUCGAGCUCGCGGUUCGAGUGGCUGGAAACCAGAGGCAUACAGAAGUUGUGGAGCAGGAGGACGUCGACAUCAAGGAUGGAGAAGCAGCCUGUGCCGAGGAGGCUGAGCUAAAGCAACCUCAAAUUCGCAAGGAAUCUUUGCCUGCUGCCGCCAUCAUCAAUCACUGGCUCGCCGGGCAAGACAUUACUGCGACCCGCGCCACCCGAGGCCCGCACGCCCGCUACUAA